AUGCGUAAUCGUUUAGCUUCUUUGAUUGUGGUUAAGCAGGAGCCGAAUUCGAAUAGCAUAGGAUCAAAUCAAACAAAUCUAGGCUCCCAAUCGGCAGCCUAUACUGGAGUUGUGGGUAUUACCGAAAUUCAUAACAACAACAACAAUCAGCAACAUAAUUUAUAUAACAACAACGAAGUAAUACAAUCCGGUGAUUUAACUCAUACAUCGACGACAAUAAACAUUAAAACUGAAAAUCAUUUCUAUGAAAUCAACAACAACAAUUUACAUCACAGUGAUAAUUAUAACUACAACACCAACAACAACUUGACAAAUAACACAAAUGGUGGUGGCAAAAAUCUACCACCCUCACCCAUAACCGCCUCUACGACACCAACAAAUUUCAUUUAUCCUUGCCGUAAUUUAUUUCCGGAUGGUUGUGAUAUUUCCCAUCAUCAUAGCCAGCAGCAUCAUCCACAAUUGCAGCAACAUCACCAUUCCACACAACUAAAUACUAAUAAUAAUUGUUCCAAUUAUUAUUAUAAUCUAAGUGAAACUCCCUCACCGGUUACACCACCCUAUGGCACAGCGAAUGGUGAUAAAUUCAUUUUAAAAUCAGAACCCUUACCCUAUGAACAUUCCGUUUUGGAUGUUGUGGCUGCUGCAGCAACGGCCACCGAUAAUUUAUGGUGUUUAAGCAAUUUAACGUAUCGCAAACAGUUGGGAAGUUUUCAUGUGGCAACAACAUCAUCGUCACCGGAACAUCACUUUCAACAUAACAACAGCAGCAACAAUAGUAAUAGCAGUAAU